AUGCCUUGUAGAGACAAAGUGUGUCCUCAUGGUUUUAGAUCGGUUUCGAUGCCUCGGGAAGGUACUAUGUUUGUAUGCGGUGGAAUAGUUUCGGAUUCUGAUUGCCCUCUUGAUGUGGUGUUGAAGUAUGAUAUGGUGAGGAAUCAUUGGACUGUUAUGAAUAAAAUGAUAACUGCGAGGUCAUUUUUCGCUAGCGGUGUGAUUGACAGGAUGAUAUAUGCAGCGGGUGGAAACGCUGCGGAUUUAUUUGAGCUUGAUUCCGCGGAGGUUUUGAACCCUUUGGAUGGGAAAUAG